AUGCCAAACAACGAGCUUGUCGCUGUGAAACGAUUACCAGUCAUGAGCCGUGGUUCAGCCCAUGAUCAUGGUUUCAACGCCGAGAUUCAAACCCUAGGGAGGAUUAGACACCGAUACAUCGUAAGAUUACUUGGAUUCUGUUCAAAUCACGAAACGAAUCUCCUGGUUUACGAGUAUAUGCCAAACGGAAGCUUAGGAGAAAUGCUUCACGGAAAAAGAGGAGGUCAUUUGUAUUGGGAUACAAGAUAUAAAAUCGCCAUCGAAUCUGCAAAAGGACUCUGUUAUCUCCAUCAUGAUUGUUCACCAUUGAUCCUCCAUCGUGAUGUUAAAUCCAACAACAUCCUUCUAGAUUCCAAUCUCGAAGCCCAUGUUGCCGAUUUUGGUCUUGCUAAAUUCUUACAAGAUUCCGGCACAUCUGAAUGCAUGUCCGCCAUUGCCGGUUCUUAUGGGUAUAUUGCACCAGAAUAUGCAUACACAUUAAAGGUUGAUGAGAAGAGCGAUGUAUAUAGCUAUGGUGUAGUCCUAUUGGAACUGGUCACCGGGAGAAAACCGGUUGGGGAAUUUGGAGACGGCGUUGACAUUGUGCAGUGGGUGAGAAAGAUGACCGGAGGUAACAAAGAACGGGUUUCAAAGAUUGUGGAUCCGAGACUACCCAAUGCCCCGACCCAUGAAGUGAUGCAUGUGUUUUAUGUGGCGUUGCUUUGUGUUGAAGAACAAGCGGUGGAAAGGCCUACCAUGAGAGAAGUUGUUCAGAUCUUGACGGAGCUUCCAAAGGGAGGAGAUGCGGUGGCAGCCACCACCGGUGGUGGUGGUGGCGACUCCAUGGAUUCACCUAUUUUGGCGGCGGUUACAGUGGAAUCACCGGGGAGUGGUGUUGACAACAGGGAAAAAACCAGCUUCGUGAUCUUUUAAGCAUAUGAAAUAAGAAUGUUGGGUUGGGGUUUACGUGUUAUUUGUUUAGUUUUUGAAUGUGAUUUGUAUAUGGUAGGAUUGAGUUUAUGGUAAUUAAGUAGUGAUUUCAUAUGGUUUGAUGUGUUUAAAGGAAAUGGAAUAUAAGAUUCAGGCGAAAACGUUAUUUAAAUUCAAGAUUCAGGCAACAAAAUUGAUUAAUCAUAGAUGGGUUUAAUGUAAA